GACCGAAGGGAGGCUCCGCCCUCGGCCCUCCCCCCCCCCUUUUCCCAGCGUGAACAUCCUUCUGCAAACCCCCAUUGGCCACUUCUGGCCGAGCCCCCGUAACCCUGGUAACAGCCCCCGCCCUGUGGAGUUGCCAGUCCCGGAUUGGUCCGCGGUUCCCAAGUUCGAAGGUGAGCUCUUUAGGCCUUUGGCCUGAGUCAUUGCGAAGCUGGCGUGGUGAUUGGCGAGCUUGGACGUCAGUCAGUCGGAGGUGGGCCCAGUGUGAGAAAUGGCUGCCGCGUCGGCCACUUGGGUGAGCUGUCUCGGCAGUGGAGGCGUGAAGUCGGGUCGCAUCCUUUAGCGCAUUCGGCUCCCACCGGUGGGAGGUGGACAUCGGCUCCGCUGGGCUUGAACACGAACCUCAGCCUUCCGCAUCCCCCACCCGGGCUCAGGCUCAUCUGGAGCAGUAUCUAAACCGACAGUCCACCUUCAGGCAUCAGCUUGUGUGGCAUUUGAGAGACUUCCUGCUUCCCUGACAGCAGCCCUGCAGAGGGAGUGUCCCAGCUUGGGCCUUAGGCCGCCUCCAGCGCGCCUCCAUGGCCCUCACGGUGCUGAACGGGAUUCUUAUUAAAGACUCAAGUCCGCCUACACUGCUGCAGCAGAUUACCAAGACCCCACAGCUAGACGCCUUCAACUACCAAAGCUGCUUCAUGCAAGACCUCUUCGCUCAUUUCCCCGAGGUCUUGUUUAUGCACCGGACCUAUAACCCAAGAGGCAAGGUGUUGUACACCUUCCUGGUAGACGGACCCCGGGUCCAGGUCGAGGGGCCGCUCGCCCGAGCAGUGUACUUCGCCAUCCCUACCAACGAGGAUGCCAGAGGUCUGGCCCAGAUGUUCCAGGUGUUCAAAAAGUUUAACCCAGCUUGGGAGAGAGUCAAUACCAUCCUGGUGGACCCCCACUUCAUCCUGCUGCCCACCCUGACCAUGGAGUUCCCUGCUGCUGAGGUCUUGCUGUCAGCCUUCCACAUCUGUAAAUUCCUCCAGGGCAAAUUCUAUCAGCUGUCCCUGGAGCAGUCUGUACAGAGUGUGCUCCUGUCGUCCCUGCAGAGCACAAUGUGUUCCGCCACAGCUGGCAACCUGAGGAAGCUGUACACGCUCCUGAGCAACUGUAUCCCCUCCUCCAGGCUGCCUGAGCUCCACUCCCACUGGCUGCUCAACGACCGCAUCUGGCUGGCCCACCGCUGGAGAAGCCGAGCCCAGAGCAGCCGGUACUUCCGGAGCCUGGAGGUCACAGCCCACGUGCUCAGCCAGCUCUUUGGCACCACCCCGUUUGAGAAGCAAGGCAUGGCAUCCGUGUUCCGAUACAUACAGCGGAACCCUUCAGACAAGGCAAGCCUCAGCCUGGCCGUGACUCCCCAGGACAGUCACACUCCCUCAGACGUCAGCCUCGAAAGCCCCAACACAGAGCAGCUGGUGGAAGCCAGGAUCCAGCACUCCCUCAACGCCAUCUGCACGGGGCCAGCGGCCCAACUCUGCCUAGCGGAGCUCGCCGUGGUUCAGAAAUCCAUGCACCUCAUCGGCUCCGGCUCCGAAAAAAUGAACAUCCAGAUUCUAGAGGACACGCACCACGUGCGGCUCCAGGCCCCUGCCAGCUGCAGCUGCCACUUCAACCAAGCCUUCCGCCUGCCCUGCCGCCACAUCCUAGCCGUGCUCAGUGCCCAGCACCAGGUGCUCCAUCCUGACAUGUUGCAGGCUCACUGGACCUCAGGCUCCGCCACCAGCUUAGACAGCAUCCUGGGCAGCAAGUGGAGCGCCAGUCUGGAUAAACACCUGGCUGUGACUCUCCUCACGGAGGAAGUAGGUCGGCUCUUAAAGCACUGCAGCAAGGAGGAAUUGGAGCGUCGCUAUCGCACCCUUCGGGAACUAGCCGACAGCUGGAUCGGCCCUUACGAGCAGGUACAGCUCUGAUCACACACAUACACACCCAGUACUAGGAACUGAGCCUACAGGAGCACGUAUGUUAGGCAGGCACUCUACCACUGCCUCUUGAUUUCUCACCCUAAGGUAGCCUCUUACUAGGUUGCCCAGGCUGGCCCAAAACUUGGUACGUAGCUGAGGCUGGCCUUGAACUCUUGAUCCUCUAUCUCCCGAGUGCUGACCAAUGCCUCGAUUUUGAGAUACGACUCUCACUAGGCUUCUAGGCUCGUCCUGAACUCACUCUGUAGGUGGGCUGACUUAGAAGCCUCCUUAACUAGCCUCCUGAGUAAGCAGCAUUAUAGGCCUGUGUCACAAGACCUAACUGCCGGUUAUGCGGAUGCCCUGAAGUGUUCAUGUACAUCCACGUCCUCCCUCCACACACUCCAGCCUCCUGCUAGAAUGUGUCAGGCUCCAUAGAACGGAAGUCAGAAAGUCUUUUCCGUUAAGGGCUCAGUAAUAAACAUUGUGGGCUUUGACGGUCAAAUAUAGUCUCUGUUGUGCAUUCUGGCCUCAGUUUUGGCAACUUUUUCUUAAGGAAAAAUGAUUGGUAGCUCAAGAAGUUCCUGCCAACAGGUGAUUCCUUCAGAGGGAUGGUCGGUGAUAAGGCUAAAGGGUCAGUGUUGGUUAAUUACCGCCCCAGCCAUGACAUGACUCACCCGACACUGGCCCUGGAGCCUUCCCACAAAGGAAGUGGCUGCAGUGGGGGGAGGGGGGUGUUUGCCAAGCUUCUAAGUUUUCCUGCCCCACCCUGGGAUCAAUAAAUUGAAUGUCGUAUCCCCACACUUGUCCUGUUGUCUGUUUUAUACAUGGUCCUUUAGAGCCGUGAAAGGAAGAGAGUCAGUAGGGCGGCGCUGCGUGUGUGUGUCUGUGUGU